CGGGCUGAGCGCCCUCGCUCGCUCGCUCCCUCCCGGUGGCGUAAUUUCCCCGCGGGUCUGCCUCUCCUUCGCUCCGCCGCCGUUCGGGGCGUGUCCGGAGAAUGGCCUCGGAGAUAGAGUCGUCGCUGGAGGCGAGCUUCACGUCCAGCGGAGCGCUGUCAGGGUCCUCGGUGUUUCUGCCGCCGGCGCGCUCCCGCAUCUUCAAGAUCAUCGUGAUCGGUGACUCCAACGUGGGCAAGACGUGCCUGACCUACCGCUUCUGUGCCGGCCGCUUCCCCGACCGCACCGAGGCUACCAUCGGGGUGGAUUUCCGAGAACGAGCGGUGGAGAUCGAUGGGGAGCGCAUCAAGAUCCAGCUAUGGGACACAGCGGGACAGGAACGCUUCAGAAAGAGCAUGGUGCAGCACUACUACAGAAAUGUGCACGCUGUUGUCUUCGUGUAUGACAUGACCAACAUGGCUAGUUUUCAUAGCCUGCCAUCUUGGAUAGAAGAAUGCAAACAGCAUUUGCUAGCCAAUGAUAUACCACGGAUUCUCGUUGGAAAUAAAUGUGACUUAAGAAGUGCCAUUCAGGUUCCUACAGACUUGGCACAAAAAUUUGCUGACACGCACAGUAUGCCUUUGUUUGAAACCUCUGCUAAAAACCCCAAUGAUAAUGAUCACGUGGAAGCCAUAUUUAUGACCUUGGCUCAUAAGCUUAAGAGCCACAAACCAUUAAUGCUUAGUCAACCCCCUGAUAACGGAGUUAUCCUGAAGCCUGAACCAAAGCCCGCGAUGACGUGCUGGUGCUAAGUAACAGUCUUUAUGAGACUGGGAUUUUGACUAAAGAAACACUUGCGAAGUAUAACAGUGAUAGUCAUAAGAUGUACUCUCAGAUAUAAUGGAUCGUCCUGGCACGUCACUGUUCAUCGUCAUGCUCACUUCUGUAUUUGGUCUUUACGUAAUCAGGAUCGCCACUGACAACACCAGAAAAACGUUGGUUUUCAGGUGAGGUUGAAAAUGAAGCAAAGGUAGGGUGACCAGAGCAUCUUCCCAUCAGAGCCCAGUGAGGGAGGCUUCAGAUGAGAGCACGAUGGGGUUUCAGAGUCUGACUGCUCAGGCCUGUGUUCCUGAGAUGGAAAACAAUAUGAAGGGUUUAGUGCACACUUCAUGGUGUGUCCUUUGGGAAGUAUUCUCAGUAGGAUCAGAACUUGUAUUUGCCUCUCCUUGGAGUUCUCUUUUUGUAUUAUUAGUGGAUUAAUUGCAUUACUAUUGGUACAUUUUAGAGCCAAACUUUAGUUCCAGUGGGAGGAGAAGGCAUAGAAUGUCUCAAUUCUUAAAGGACUUUCCCAACAGUUCUAGAUACUUAA